AGUUCAGGUUGACACUAAAUCGACGCCGUGAGUGAGACCAAAUUGGUCUAUUCCUGAUCAAGUCAUAGUAAAGAUGAAGUUGUUAUCUACAGUCGGUGCUAUUUGUGUCUUACAAGUAGUUACCGUGUCGUCAAUCUUCUUUCCCAUUCCAAUUAAUAUCCAAACAUUAAAACCAUCAGAACAGCCCGGACAGCAAGUUACAACGAGUAUAGCUUUUAACAAUGUAUCGAAUAUCUCGAAUAUGGUUAUAUAUCUCACACAAAAUAUCAGCAGAGCUUUGCUAACAACUCUACCAACACCUAAAGAUCUCACAGUAGCAACAGAUAUUUUGGAAAGUUUCACUGACACAUUGAGAUCAAUUUCUCAGGAUGUUGAAGAUGCAAAAAGCACUAAUUUGACCGAAAUAAAAUCGCAGAACAAUGAGCAUAACAGAGUAACUAGAGGUCUGAAAAAGCCAUUGAAACCAAUGUUUGUCAAAUUAGAAAAUUUCAUGGAAAAAGCCGUCGAUAAGGUGAAAAAUCUCGUAAAAGGUAAAGGUAAAGGCACUGCGACAACGCCUAGUGCCAUUACAGAAACCUCCAAAGAUGCAAUUAAGGAUGCAACUGCAGAUGAGAUCAAAGAGAAAGCCAUAGAUGCCCUCAUAGACUCGAUUUUCGAUAGUGAAGAGAAAAAGAAAAAUAAAAAGGAUGAGAACAAUGAGCUAGCAGAAGAGACAGAUUUCGAAGAAGAAGUAAAUGAAAAAGCACAAGAUAAGGCAAAAGUUGAAACUGAAGAAUUGACCAAUAAUAGUACAUCGCAGUCGCCAGCUGACAAGCUUAAAAAGAAUUUAGGCUCCGCAAAUGGCGAGAAAAACUACAUUCUUCCGGAUUUUCCUUUAAGGCAAGGAUAUCUGAAUAGCUACAAAGAUGAUAUAUCAGAUCCACGUUCUAAGCGAGCAGUGAGUAGCAAAUUCGAGAAGUAUUUGAGUACAGUAAUGGAAAAAAGUAAGGAAUUGAUAGACGAGAAAAUAGGAGAGUUAAAGGAAUUGUGGAGAAGCCAGAAAAUUGAGGAAAAUGCCGGCAAAGUGGGAGGUGUCAUGAAUAAAUUCAGCAAUUCACAUAACCCUGAUGAUAGGAAGGAUAGUGUUGAAAUUCUACAAGAUAUUCACGAAGAACUUGAACCUGAAACUGAUUUGGAAGACACCCAGGAUGAGCCAAAAUUGGAAAUACAUUUGAUGCGAAAAAAACGCUUCUCCAAUCUUUUACCAAUUCCUUCACUUAGCAGCAUUCUUAAAACUGCAGAUGAUUCAAAGUCAAUUGCAGAUUUUGCAAAGGAAAUCACAAAAAUUGCAACUAAUCUCAGUGCAGAAACUCUACCUAAAGUCUCAAUACCCGAAAAUCAAGCACUUUCUGGGGCCAAAACACAGGAAGAUGCUGCCAAGAAAGCUACUACAAUUAUAAAUCAACAAAUAAGUCAAACUAAGAGCAUUGCCAAGGAUAUUCUCCAGACUCUUAAAAAAAUUAACGAUUCGACGCAAAAUUUUGUUUCCCAGAUCAAAUCCUCCAAAUGUCUAGCUAAUGUUAUGGAUUUCACAUCGUACAUUGACGGGGGAAUACAAUGUGUUAAGAACAAGAUUAACACUGGAUUGAAAAUUGCAGGAGAAACCAUUAAAAACUUAAAACAAGCUAAAGAGGUGCCAUCGGAUAUUAAGAAAGAAAUAUCUAAUUGUGCUAAUGAUGUCACGAAAAAUGCCUUCUCGAAGUUGGUCUGUCUUGUGAAGUCACCGCUGCAGUUGGAAAACGAAAAGCUACUGCUGCCAAUUGAAUUUGUGAAACGAAUUCAAGAGAUAAUCCAAUACUUUGCUACUAUGCAAAUGGAUAUGGUUAACUGUGCCAUGGCGACAAUUCGCUCCAUUCAGGACAAAAUUGCAGGUUGUGCAGGAGAAAUGCUAUCGAUCUCGAAGUAUAUUGCUAAAUUUUAAUCAGAAAAUCUCAAGUUACGAAUGGAACAUAUGGAUAUAACCGGCUGUACAAAGGAUAAAAUAUGAGGGGCAAAGAAUAAUAAAAAUUUGUCACAUCUCACCUAA